GCAUUUUGUAAACUUCCGGUAAUGGUCGCUGAAGAAAGAAAAUAUUAAGAUAUUUUUUAAAAUCGGUUAAAAUUAUUGUAUAUUGCUACAUCUUCAUGUGUAUAUGAGUCUAGAUUUGAUUUAGCCUAAAACAGAUGGUUUAUUGUGGGUUUGGAACUAAAGAAGAUAUUUAACAGUAAUGUUUAUAGUAUAAGAUAUCAUUAGAAUAUACAAACAGCAGAAUGUCUCUGUAUGAUGAUCUGGAUAUGGAAUCUGGAGGAACCAAACCAGUUGCUGCUGGAUGGUCCUCCGGUUUUAAGUUAAUGCAGUCACAACUACAUGUACAGGCCAAGAAAGCUAAUGUACAGUCUGGUAAUAAGAAGGGACGACAGAGUAACACGUUAGCACCAGUUGUUGAUCUCAAGAAGAGCAUGGAUACGGAUGAUGGUCUUCAUUUUAAUUUACUCACAGGAAGGCUUGAAAGAAUGGCUGGUCCGACAGUGGCUAGUUUGCCCUUUAUUCCCAACGAACCAGUCCCAUCACUAACAGGUGUUGCUGACGAAUAUAAUCCACUUCGACCAAACGAUUAUGAAGAUGUUGUCAAAAAGAAGAGAGAUCAGAAAAAUAAAGAACGAGCUGCUGAAAGGAAGAACGAGUCCAAGCGUCGACAUUCCGAGCGAGACAGAGAUCGUGAUCGAGAUAAAGACAAGGGCAGAGAUCGUGAUCAGGACCGAAGGGAGAGAGAUCGAGAGAGGGAUCGAGAAAGAGAGCGGGAUCGGGAGCGUGACAGGAGUAAUCGAGAUGAUAACCGAGAGAAUGAGUCCGAGAUGGAUCGAUCUCGAAGGAGACGAGAAGAGAACGAGGAUGAUUAUGAAAAACCUAAACGAGCUUCCGCAUCCGGAGCAGCCAUUGCACCUCCACCAUCGUUAGUUCAAGAGGAACCAGAACCAGAAGCAGAUCGCAGUGCAUCACCACCAGUCAACAUGGCCGCUUCCAUGGGAAUAAGCAACUCUGUGGCCUCUCGAAUCAUGGCUAAAUAUGGUUAUAAGGAAGGUCAAGGUCUCGGAAAGAAGGAACAAGGAAUGAGUACGGCUCUUUACGUCGAGAAGACGAGUAAACGUGGUGGAAAAAUUAUACAUGAAAAAGAUAUUCCGAAAGAUGCACCGAAAGAUUUGGCACCUAACACUAAUUUAUUACGGAAUCCAUCUAAGGUGAUUUUAUUGAGGAAUAUGGUUGGACCAGGAGAAGUAGAUGAAGAUUUAGAACCAGAAACAGCAGAAGAAUGUACCAAAUAUGGAAAAGUUGUCAAAUGUGUAAUAUACGAGAUGCAAGGAGCAGAAGAUGAUGAGGCUGUAAGAAUUUUUGUAGAAUUUGAAAGAAUGGAAUCUGCUAUAAAGGCCAUUGUUGAUUUAAACGGGCGUUUUUUUGGAGGAAGAACAGUGAAAGGAGGUUUUUAUAAUUUGGAUAAGUUUCGAAGAUUUGAUUUAGCGGAUCUGACUGAUUGAUAAACUGACAACAUUUUAUAAAAUUAUUACAAAGUAUUGACUCGUAGCUUUUAUUGCUGAUAUUAAGAUUAAAAUAUGAUCGUUCAAGCUCAUGUCUCGUGGUUAAGAUAAUGUAAUGUGAAUGGAGCAGGGUUUUUUUCUUAUGGAACUAGAAGAUAUUUUUAUGUUUGGAACUGGAAGAUAUUUCUACAAUCAAAACUGGAUGUUAUUUCUAUUAUAAGAAGAAUGCGAAGAUAUUUAAACAAUUAAAAGAACUGGAUGUUAUUUCUACAGUUAAAACUGGAAGAUAUUUCUACAGCUAAAACUGGAAGAUAUUUCUACUUAAUGAUCUUGUCAUGUUAAGAAAAAAAAGGAAAGAAAGAAAUUUAAAA